CUGCGCGCGGCGGCGUUUGAAUGGCUCUGAGUGGGGCCCGGCCGGGGAGCCGAGGGACGCUCUAGGCUGCGGGGCGCGGCUGGCCAGCGCCGUGGUUGGGCUGAGGCGCCGGUACCAUGAGGCGCCGGUAUUUAAGAGAUUAUGGCAUCUAAAACCAACAAUGUUAAAAAACGGAACUCCUGUAAUAACAUUGAGGAUCAUUCCAUUGAUCUUCCUAGAAAGAGGAUCUCUAAUUUCACUAAUAAGAACAUGAAGGAGGUUAAGAAAUCUCCAAAACAGUUGGCUGCUUACAUAAGUAGAACAGUUGGACAAGUCGUGAAAAGCCCAGAUAAAGUACGCAAGGUGAUCUGUCGCAGAAAGAAAGGUCAUCACCCAUUUCUAAAUCCCUGUUACCGAAACAAACAGUCCCCUAAAAGUGGGGACUGUGACAUGGCAAAUAAAGAAAAUGAACUGGCUUGUGCAGGCCACCUGCCUGAAAAAUUACGCCAUGAUAGUCGAACAUUUUUGGUCAACUCUAGUGAUUCCGGUUCUUCACAAACAGAAAGCCCAUCAUCAAAAUACAGUGGCUUUUUUUCUGAGGUUUCUCAGGACCAUGAAACAAUGGCCCAAGUUUUAUUCAGCAGGAAUUUGAGAUUAAAUGUAGCUUUAACUUUCUGGAGAAAGAGAAGUAUAACUGAACUUGUUGCCUAUUUGGUGAGGAUAGAAGAUCUUGGAGUUGUGGUAGAUUGCCUUCCUGUUCUAACUAAUAGUUUACAGGAAGAAAAGCAAUAUAUCUCACUUGGCUGCUGUGUAGACUUGUUGCCUUUAGUAAAGUCAUUACUUAAAAGCAAAUUUGAAGAAUAUGUUAUAGUUGGUUUAAAUUGGCUUCAAGCAGUAAUAAAAAGGUGGUGGUCAGAACUAUCAUCCAAAACGGAAAUUAUAAAUGAUGGAAAUAUUAAGAUUUUGAAGCAACAAUUAAGUGGAUUAUGGGAACAAGAAAACCAUCUUACUUUGGUUCCAGGAUAUACUGGUAAUAUAGCUAAGGAUGUAGAUGCUUAUUUAUUACAGUUGCAUUGAGAAAUUUCAUCUACUACAGAGCUUUUGGUUAUUGAAAACAUCACCAGAUUAAAUGAUUUCCAAAAGUAAGUCUCUUCUAAGAACUGUGGACUAUGGAAGAAAUCAAAUCAUUUUUUUUUUCUUUUAAAAGCCACAUGAUGAAACUACUAAUGAAACCCUAACAAUCUACUUCACAUUGAAGUGGAAAGAUAGCCAAAAGGAGCAGCUUCGGCGUCCCUGAGCUGACUGCACACCAGGAGGCUGUUCGCUGUUGCUGCAUCAGUUUCUAUGGCUGUCUGCAGCAUGGCGUGAGAACUGAUGGGUCUUCAUGCGGUCCUGCGUGAGACUACAAUUUAUACUAUGCGAGAAAAUAAGACAGGACUUACUACUAGGAACUACAAAAACCAAUCAUUAAUUUUACUGUGUUUUAUAACAUAAAAAAAGACACUUCAAUGUCUGCAGCUACUUCUGUUGAAAAGACUGAAAGUUUAAAGCAUCAAAGUAAAUAAUCAGUAUAAAAUUGUUUUAGCCCACACUGAUACUGUGUAUACAAAAUGCCUUAAUUAUUAAUAAGCCAAUGUAUUAUUAUACCAGUAUCUCUUUUAAAAAAAUUAGAAGACCCAAUGCUUCUGGCAUAAUAAAAUCAUGGAAUUAAAUCAAGGGUUUAACAUUCAUAAAGGAUGUUGUAUUGAAAUAUAUCCCACACCAGUUUUUAAACUUGAGAAUAUUUUUAGUGGCUCUUUUUU